AAAAAUCAUUUAUUGGACGGUAUUGUCUCUCGUUCGUUCAAUAUUUGUUGAUCAGUAACCAGCUUCAGCCGUGACGGUUGCAAAAUGCAUUUGAAUCUCUUGGGUCCAUCCAGCACAAGUAGUUUACAGACCGGCUGUUGUAGAUCUGUCAGACAACACUGGCGUCCGUGUAACAUACAUACCUGCAUUGAAGGUCGGACUGAACUUAAGCGGAGUAGGAAGUGAAAACAGCCGAGAAAAGAAACAAUGAGUGUGGAUGAGAACAAGACGGAGACUGUCAAGUUUGAUGCAGACCGGCGCUCGCCAAAGUACGGAUUGAAAGAUCUAUGGAUCGAAUUCAGUCAAUCGACAGGCCUUCAUGCAGUUGACAAGGUUAAACCUCCUUCGAUCAGCCCGUUUAGCAUUCGUGGAUUGCUGUGGAUGCUUGCUCUGUGUUCAAGUUUGGCGUUCCUCAUCUAUAACCUUGUGGGGGAGAUAGGAAACUACUACAGCUACCCAACCGUCACCAAGGUCACUCCCAGUAUCCAGAGCUCCAUCGAGUUCCCCGCCGUCACCAUCUGCAACAGAUGCACUCUCAACAACACUCGUCUUGGCGUUUACCCAGAAAUGGAGGCCUAUUUUUUCAAUGUUUCUUUUGGACGGAUACAAAAUAUCUCAUUUUCUGCACCAACUUCAGAGGUGUUUCAGGAACCAUUGUCUUUAGAAUGGUGGAAGAAUAUGUCUAUGGAAGGAUCCAAGAUGCUGUAUCAAUGUAUCUUUGGUGGUGAAAUCUUUGAUUGCAUGACCAGGUUCCGACCUGUUUUCACUACUGAAGGACUGUGCCAUACCUUCAACUACAAUGCCAGUGAUAUUGUCAAAGUUAGGACGGCAGGUGAGGGUGCGAACCUCAUCAUCAUUUUCAAGAUCAGUCAGAACGACUACACAUUCAGGGGAAACAUGGCCGCGGGGAUUAAGGUUUCACUCCAUAAUCCACGUCUACACCCAGACGCAAGCACCACUGUCGUGAUGGCCGCUCCCGGGUUCUCUACAUAUGUUGCCUUGCAAAAGACUCAGUAUCUGUACCAGCCCUCUCCCUACACGGCAUUUGAUGAUAUUAAAUGUGUGGACACAAACAGUCCCGAGUUUGUCAACCCUCUCAAGUACUACUCCCCAUACACCUACAAACAUUGCUUAAUAGAGUGUGUUCAGAUGAAGGCUUUCAAUGUGUGUGGAUGUGUCGGACCUGUUGACCCACGGGAUGGUCUUAUGUGCUCGUUGGUGAAACUGGAUAGUUGUUACAGGCCCUUUGUUGGAUCAGUGUCCAAAGACGGUAACUUCGUGAGGGAAUGCAGGUGUGCCAGCGAGUGCCUGUUUGACAGAUACACUGCCCAGGUGUCCUCCAGCUCCUUCCCAGCCAGCAUCUGGGUCAACAAUUUCCUCAACACCACGAGGGCUCAUACUAAGGAGAGCAUGCAAGACAACUUCCUGGAGCUGAGAGUGUUUUACGACCAGAUGAUGGUGACAUCCAUCACACAACAACCUCAAUAUACGGUGGCCUCGCUGUUUUCCAAUAUCGGGGGUCAGACGGGACUGUGCCUUGGAGCUAGCAUCUUGACAAUCAUGGAGAUCACGGAGCUACUGGUGUGCAUCGUCCUCUUCCUCUGUGACAAGUGUAGAGGAAGAAAAGCCCGAAACAGAAUCAACAACUGGUAGACAAAGACAACUAACAUGAGAACAGCCAUACUAUUAUAUCCCCGCACAUAUGGUAGACAAGACAACUGACAGGACUCUGAGGAGAACAGCCAAUCUAUUGGGUCCUCACACAAUUUGUAGACCAAUUAUUGACAAACGGAUUGAGUGGCAAGAAAAUGGUAAAGAGAACCAUACGUGUGAAGGUGGGAUAUGGAUUCAGUCAUGAAGUAUUAACUAUGUGCACACCCUCCAUCGUGUUUAUCAGUCGGAUUUAGUACUGUACAUGAAGACAUUUUUCAGGAAACAGCAACUGCCCUCGCUAUUCAUAACUCGAUGAACUUUAGAAUAAGUUUAAAGUAUGUAAUCUUAUAGUUCUAUGGAUUCAAUACUGUGUCUGGUCUGUGUUAUUGAAGUCGCUGUAAUUGAAAAACACUCAAAGAACAUGUAAUAACCUUCAUACAGAAUCUCUUUUUGACGCAGUAUACAUUUUGUGGAUGUGGAUGUAUGAUACAGUAGUUUCUGGUAUAUGUAAAACCAACAUUAGCUUGUUAUUGGGAUUCUUGUGUUUUCGUUGCCUCAGUCAUCACGUCUUUGCAAUGCCUGAUAUGACACUUCAUUAUGCUGUGGAAUCUGAUCUAUUGCUCAAAUAUUAACUUUUACUGAACUGUUUUGGGGACCCGUCCAUUUGCUGUACAUAUGGUGUAUAUGUGCAUGUGACGAACUACCGUUAUAACGAACUAUAAUAAGUGGUCCCUCAUUAUUGAGGUCAGCACAGAUGCCCAAAACCCCUUACUCACCUACUUUACAUGGAUGACCUUGAACUUAUUGCCAAUGGAGGAUCCACUCUAAGAAAACAGAUUCUCCUUGUCAAUUACUUUCCUAAUGAUAUCGGCAUGUCCUUUGGCCUCGACAAAUGUAACAUUCGUCAUCUGAAACGUAGAGGUAGAGGAGGGAGGAUCAGUCAGCUUACUUGGAGGAAGAGUUACUGACCGUCUCGUGGAAGGUCAGGCCUAUACGUACUUAGGGAUGCAGGUUAGGGACAAACCCCAGAAUGCCAAUAUCAAGGAAAAAAUUCGGGCAGGGUACAAAUGUAGGCUUAAGAAAAUCUGGAGUUCAGAG